GACUAAAAAUUUAUUUAUUUAAAUUCUUAAAUUUAUCCAAAAAUAUAUAUUUUUAUUGUAACACAUUUUUUUAUCUGCAAUAUUUUUAUAUAUUUUAACUAUAUAUGAAAAUAAAAUAACACGUAUAGGAACUACGGAAAAUCCUGUUACGCCGGAAGUAGUUCUUAUACCAAUUGCACCAAGAAGAGCAAAACUUGCAUGGCAAGUUGCCACCGAGCAACAUAGCGUCUGCAUUAGAAAAUUACUGGAUGAAGAAUCAUAUAAUUUCCUUGGUGAAGCUAAAAGAUGGAUGAGUUUUCCCCUGGAUCGAUCAAUUGUGAGCAUUAAAAAAUAUUUGAAGAGAUUGUAAGAUUCUCUAAGUUGUCGAAAUGAGUUAAAAUAAAAUAAGAAUGAUACAAAUUUAAUUUUUUUUUUGAUAUCUUAUGAAAUUUUUUUAGCAAUUUUUUAUUAUUUAUCAAUUAAAUUUGAAAAAAUAUCGCAAAAAAAAAAAGAAAUAAAAUUCAUUCUAUGAUGAGAAUAUUUUAUUUCAAAGUAUUAAUUAAUUAAUUUUUGUUUUUUCUAUAAAACAGAAAAAAUAUUCUCCAUUUUUUAAUUAUAAUUUUUCUUUCAAAUAACAAUAAUGCAAAAAAUAAGAAAUUUUACUCAUAAAUUCUUUAUUUCAUGUUAUUGAAAUUAUUUCCUUAGAAUUAAUUCCAAUUAUUCCAUUUGAAGAGAAAUUAUCUAAAGUUUCAAUGAAAAUUCGUAAAAAAAAAAAAGAAAUGUUUUUCAUGAAAUCGAUAAAUGUGAGAAUUUGUUUGUAUUAAAAUUCUAUGAUCUUUAUAUUUAACUUUACACAUAAAAAAAAAAUAUCAAAUAUUUGUGGAACAGAUAUUUCCUGCGGAGACCUUCAUUCCCAAAGUACAAAUGGAACAAGAUGUGGCGCCGAAGCAGUGUCCACGAAAUGUUGAGAUGGAAAGGAGACGAAGAUUGUACAAACAUAUAAAAAUUCAGGAUACUUUAGCAAGUAUUAACAUUAUACCAAAAGAAAUGUUGCCUCCAUCCGCCUUAGUAUCUCUGUUGUCCUACGACGAGAAAUAUGGUUUGUUUAGUAUCGCACAUUUUCUGCCUUUGGAAAUUUUUGACGACGAAGAUUACGAUUGCAGAACAAUAGAAGAUUGGAUAAACUUGGGUUUCAUUGAUGAAAAGCGUUAUCCGUUGCCAGCCAGCGUUUUCGUACCAAGAUAUCGAUCCGAAGACGAAAUAUUCCAUCUCGAUGACGAAUUCUUAAAUAAUCUCUUCAUUUGGACUAAAGCCGCUGUUUUUGAUUAUGAUUAUAAUAAAAAAUUAUGGAGUAUACUCACACUUGACGGUACAAAGCGGGAAUUCGAGAUACCGAGAAUUUAUAUUCGAUUCUUUGCUGAAGAUCCCAGAAUUAUCAACGAAGAUUCUAAACUUUACGCAAAGAGAGUGGUGACGGCUGUCGAACAAAGAAAAAUCGCUGAAGCUUCUUUGAUCGAUGAAAUUUCCUUGGACUAUCAACGCACAAUGUGUGAUCUCAUGUGGAGAAAAAUGAUACAAACGAAUCCAGAAAUGUUUAAAUUCAUCACAUGGAUACCCGAAGUUGAACCUAUGAAAGUGCCGAAAAAAGGAAAAUUUGAUACGGGCAUGAAAAACUUUCUGAAAAUUAAAAGAUACACUCACUGGAUAACAUUGUAUGUUCACGAAGAAGUAUACAGUGCAAUGAAAUGUAUUGUAGUAGAAUGUAAACAAGCUGCAUCUAUGAAUUUAUUCGCCACUUCAUACGGAAAACAAAUAAGGUUAAAAGAAUUCGAAGAUUUGCAAAUACAGGCUACCAUCACAGUUAUUAAAUAUUUGAAAGAACCAUGGUUAGAAAAAAUUACACAAUCAGUUAGAAUGUGUCUUCGAGAUCUUGGAAAAGGAUGGUUUAAUCUCGAACAAAAGGACCACAGCGUGUAUGACAUAAUGAAAUUGAAACGUUUCAUGAAUCUCACUAAUCUUCGUAUGCAGUAUGCGCUACGAGUUUUGGUAGAAGAUUCGAUCAAGUUCUAUAGAAAUAUUCUGGAAAUUCCAGCACUAUGUGUCUUACAUGUAGAUGAAUCAUUUGUUUGGGGAGAUGAUCUUAUUAAUACCCAGUUUUCUCCCGCUGGCAUGCCUAUUUUUCUCCUUGACCUUCAAAUGGAUGAGCAUAAAGCAUUUUACUCAACAAAUCCUGAGAAAUUUCUCGAAAGUAUCAUUACUUUAUAUGAUAACGCACUUACUGCCUGUCAUCAAAUCAGGCAAAUACAUCCUUUUCUACUUCCGAAGUUAAAAUUUCCUAUUCACCUAUAUCUAAGCUCCGUUGGUCUGCUCGAAGAUCAGGUAUGCAAAGUUCGUGAAUCGUUGAAAAAAGCAUAUAAGAAAUCUGUAAUACCUUUAAAAGCUUACGCAAAAGAAUUCAGUCGAUAUCAAUUAUUCUUCAAUCUCAACGUGGCCAAAUACAUUGAGGAAUACAAGGAAGAAGAACUUACUACGGCUGAGAUAAAAGAGGAAAUUUCAUUUCAUAUCACGAUGAAACAGAAUCUCCAAGUUACUUUACCGAGUUUUAUUACCAUUGGUGCGUUUGUAGUGAAUGUUUAUCCCUUGAAAGAAUUUCUUAUAAACAAACGCACAGAAUGUGCUAAAUCAUUGCUCAUUAUGCUCACGGAAAAGAUACGAAAGGAAAUCGAUGAUAUCCUGGAUGAAUAUAGGCAGAUAAGAUACAAAUUGAAGGAAGUGCCACAAAGUAUCGAGCACAUAUUCGAAAUACGGGAUUGGAUGGAAACUAUACCACUUCGAGUACAGGAUCUCGAAGAAAAGAUGGAUAAAUUGAAAAUAGAUUAUGAUAUUCUGGAUAGUUUUCUUUGGAAUAUAUCCGAUGAUGAUUUUCAAGCGAAAUGGGAAGUGAUUGGAUCGCCUUUUCAAAUUGAGAAAGAGAUUCAGGAAACGAACGAACGAUUUAUAGAAGAGCAAGAAAAAUUCCAUAAGAUCCAAUUACAGGAUGAGAUCUUACUGUUGGAAAAAAUAGACUUUUUGGUGAGCAAUGUGGCGAACAUUGCUCUUCAAACCGAUGUCUCCCGUAUCCACGAGAUAGCUUUAGAUGUGAAGCGGAUAUGGAAGAUUAUGCUCGAGUGUCGAGAAAAUGGUUUAUUGCUCAACGAACGACAAAAAUUAUUUGGCCUAAAAGUAGUGCCCUUCGAACACCUAAAUAAACUCAUAAAAGAAUUCGAACCUUACAAAAACUUAUGGAUCACGGCUUCGGGUAAGCAUCCAAUUAUUUGUCCAUUUUUAUUUUAUUAA